UCAAUGUACAGUGAAAUUAGUCUCGAGAAAUUUUUGCAUAUGUAGUGGUGUGUAUAUUACUCAGAUCUUAGAGCGCGUUUCCACUAUAUCGUUCUGGCCUAUACAAAAAUGUUUCGAUAUCCUAACAUUACUAUUUAAUAUUAUACUUAUCCCUAGCAACACUCUGAUUUUUGUUAUCAAUAAAAACAAGUUUUUAUUUAAAAAAAAAGGUUUUGACUUUAUAAAAAAAAGGUGUGUGCGCGAUUCACACACGAUAGAAGUGAAACUUCAAAGAGGAGAGACCGAUAUAUAUUUUUUUUUCCUUUCAUCUAGGUUUUUAAAACUCCGGGGGGUCUACGGGGGGGUCAAAAUUUAUUUUUGGCCUAGGACGCACCGUUUCCGAGAUAUUUCAAUCUAAAGCAAAAAAUCGUCACUUGAUAGUGGAAAGUGGAAACACGCACAAAACCAGAAUAAACCAGUUUACGCUGUCCGCAGGUGCCACGUGCAGUCCGGCGUCAGUCGCUUGGUACUGUUAGAACAUAAAGCACACAUUUCAUUCAAAAAUUAUAAUUAUUACGUUAAUUGUUAAAUUUUGUAUUUGUUGAUUGUUGUUAUUGUUUGUUAUUAUUGUUAUAAUAUUUGUUGAAGUGUUUAAUUUGUGUGUAAGUGUUGCAACUUUAUAUUGUUAAUUAAAAAUGGCUCCAGUGUUAAAACAUGGUCGAGGCAAGCCUUUGACUUCUCAAACUAAAGAAGUUUUGUACUGUUUGUACAAAUAUUUCGAAAAUGAGUGUAAUAACAACCCGAGCAGUAUUAUGACUCCCACUCAAUUAGUUGCUAAAUCAACGGGAAUUUCAAUAGCAUCCGUCAGAAAGGUAGUAUCAGAAAGCAAAUGUCGACCUUCAGAUCAGGAAGUAACAUUUAAAUCUCCUAAAAAGAAACCGAAUCGUAAACCUACAAUAGUAAUCGAUAACUUUGAUCAGCAAGUUAUCAGAAGAACAAUUCAUGACUUCCACAUCACAAAUAAAGAAAUUCCCACUUUGAAAACUUUGCACGCAAAAUUAAAAGAAGAUAUCGAUUAUAAAGGUUGUGUCAGCACGUUACGAAAACACGUCAUGUCAUUAGGUUUUAAUUGGAAGCAAACAGAAGAUAACCGGAAACUUCUUAUGGAAAAACACGAAAUUAGAUACUUGCGAAUUAAUUAUUUGAUGAAAAUUGCUGAAUAUCGUGAACAACGCCGACCAAUUGUUUACACCGACGAAACAUAUAUACAUACAUCACAUACCCUCUCGAAAUCUUGGUCAGAUGGAAGCACUUCAGGUUUGAAGCAACAUAUAUCGAAAGGCAACCGCUUAAUCAUUGUUCAUGCCGGUGGUAUGGAUGGCUUUAUACCAAAUGCAUUGCUUAUGUUUAAAGCCAACCAAAAAAGUGGAGAUUACCACGACAAUAUGAACUAUGACAACUAUUCAAGGUGGAUUCAAACUCAAUUAAUACCCAACUUACAACCAAAUAGUGUUGUUGUUGUUGACAACGCACCAUAUCAUAACUCAAUACAAAAUCCUGCACCGAAUAGUAAUUCUAGAAAACAGCAAAUGAUUGACUGGCUGACAUUGCGAAACAUUGAGCAUUCAUCCACGUUGCUUAAGCCUCAAUUAUAUGAACUGAUUCUGCAAAACAAGGCGAGAUUUGUAGAGUACAAGAUAGACGAAAUAUUACGACAGCACGGUCAUACUGUGCUGCGUUUACCACCAUACCAUCCGGAGUUUAAUCCUAUAGAAAAUAUAUGGGGGAUAGUGAAAACAUAUGUCGCAAAAAAGAAUGUCGCAAUGAAUAUGAAGGUUAUAAUGUCAUUAGCUGAAGAAAAAAUGAACGCCAUAACUGUAGAGGAAUGGAGAAAAGUUUGUCUGCAUGCUAUUGAGGAGGAAAACAAAUAUCAGGGUAGAGACGCAGCUUUAGACACAAUAUCAGAACGAAUCAUAAUUAAUUUAAAUAAUUCAUCUGAUGAAAGCGAGGAUGGGGAUGAUUGUGAUAUGCCUGGGGUUGAUGAAUUAUUAGAAUAAAACAUUUAUGGCCGGAGAACACCUAAUUCAUACACGUCUUCACUGAAGUGAAAACCGGCAUUCACUGCUUGUAAUAUUUGGAACUGGCUUAUCUGCCUCAUACAGUUCCAUAGAUUACAAUGCAGUGGAUACACAUUUUCACGUCCGUAUUAGUACGUAGUGCGUAUGCGUAGACGUGUACGCAUUUGGUGUGCUCCAGCCACAAACGUAUAUUACCUUUAAAAAAAUAAAAACUAAAAAUAAAAUGUU